AUGUUAUCCCACAGCGGCGAUUAUGAGCUCGUGGUUCGCCAACAACCAAACGAAGCCCUCGUGACUCAGACGGGCAAAGAGAAAAUAGACCCUCCGCCGAUUAUCGAGUUGAGGGUGACAUCGAGUGCGGAUCCCGGAAAGUACGUAUAUUCUGGCAUGACGCAUUCGUGCAGGACUGAUACCUUUGCACAGNNGCAGUUUUUACAGAGCCCCUACUUGUUUAUGCAAUGCACCCUCCAGGUGGAACAGCAAUCUAACUCGAGCGACAACUCUCCUCCUGCAGUCCCUGCUGGUCAAGAGAUCACAGGCCAAAGCGUCUCAUCCUUGCAUAGAUUAAAAGACAUAAACAACGAAGGUGAGUGCACGCGAUCAAACCAAACAUGCACGAACAAAGCUAACCAUUUGCGCAACGUUAGANNUGGCGGAUUCUUCGUGUUUGGAGACAUCUCGAUCCGCGUGCUGGGAAGGCACAAGCUCAACUUCAGCCUGUUCGAGCUCAGGAAAGACACUGGAGAAGUUGUGUUCCUCAAAUCCAUCACGUCCGAGCCCUUUGAUGUGGUGCAGCAGAAGCAGUGGCGUGGCCUCGUCGAGUCUACUCAUCUGUCCAGAACCUUCUCAGACCAGGGCGUGCGACUGCGUCUGCGCAAAGAAAACCGCAAUGUAGCAGGCGUACGCUUCCCUAUUCUCCUCGAAACAGCACUCAAGCAGGGCCGUCGAUGUUUGGAGGCCCUCUUGCAUACGAUCCCCGAGCAGCGUCNGCAGAACAUACCCCCUGCCCCCUACAGUCUCCAACAACAAGCCUUGCUCCAGUCGCCCCAAACCUCCUUCGGCUCGCGCACCCCUACCGCACCUCCUGGCUGGUCCCAUACCCAGGGCAUCGCCCCAAGUCCAGGAGCGGCAGGCUAUGGCUUGCAGCCUGCACCACCGAUGGGACACGAGUCUGUCCCUGCUUUUCCAAGAAGGAGCACGGAUUCGUACCUUUCUAUGGCUCAACACUCGCAAACAAGCCCAAGCACACCAUAUCAAGGGCCGGGUGCCGCAAUGUACAUUCCGACCAGUGGCAGCUUGCAAGGACCGUCUACUUACAGCACCGAACACGAUCCUGCGGCGAUGGCUAGACAGCACACACAAACUCAUUCGGUUGCGAGUCCUGCAUCGUCCACGAGAUCGGGCUUGAUCCAAGCAGCCCCCGCUUACUCGAUGCAGCCGCAGCCGUUGGCGCAACAAUCCUACGGUGCAUUGUCGGAGAAUCAGCCGUUCGAGUACCAGCAGUAUCGACAGCCAGCUUACCAGCCUCUUCCUCCUCAGACACUUCUGCAGCAACCCUCAAGCAAUCCGAACCACGAGGUGGGAAGACACCCACAACAGCCGCUAGGCAAUCCUAUCGAUAUGCGUACCACGCAGCAACCGAGUCCGUACAUCCCACAAUCGCACCCUAGCCUUGCCAUUCGCCCGCAGCAGCCUGGACAGCCGUACGUUUCUACACAGCAACACCAGCAGUACCCAGCAGAUCUCGGUAAUCCUUACCAGACCCCUGGAGGAGUGAACUACCCUACUACUCAGGCACCGGACCAGUCCAGGCCAUACUAG